UGAAUAACAGCUACGUUAGCAGAAUGGUUGUUGCUACCUUUCGGAUCUUCAUAGAAAACCUCGCUCUGAUCUCGUAAUUGUUGUAAUUUCAUUCGGGCAACAAAUUUAUUAGUAUUUAUGCAGUUUAAAAGAAAUACUAUGAAAGUAUGUUGGAAGUAUUCUUUUAUUGUAUACAUGUACUGGGGAUAUGCUAUUGUUUAUUUAGCUAGCUAAAAUGAGUUUUCUUGCCGUGAUGUUAGCUAAGCUUAGCUAGCUAGUACUAGUAAUUGUUUUGUUGUAAUAACAUAACUAGCUAAGCAUUCGCGCUUUACCUUGAUUUUUGAUGUAUUCUGUUCGACAUGGUGAUGAAGUGAAUUGUUUCCGUUCCUUUGAAGAUAUUCCUAAAAAUGGCUUGAGUAGAGGUUCAGGUCAUACAUUCUGAUGAUGUUUGAAGUCUGAGGGCCAACAAAGGGAGUGAAGGACCCGAAACAUUGCUGUAACUUCAUUUACACUCGGUUAUUCAUCUGAGCUUGCCAUGGAGUUUCCAGGUCACAGUCAGCAGCUCUUAGCCAGUCUGCGCUCUCAGCGUCUACAGGGAUUCCUGUGUGACUGCACAGUCAGAGUUGGUUCCACUCGUUUUCUGGCUCACCGUGCAGUACUGGCCUCCUGCUCACCUUUCUUCCACAUGUUCUACUCUGAACACCCAGUAGGAAGCACAUCUACAGUAAAUGGAGGUCCAGAGACGGACAGUGUCACCAUUAAUGGAGAUAUAGUGACCCCUCCGGCAUUCGGAUUACUCCUGGAUUUCAUGUAUGAGGGGGUGCUACAGUUGGCAGCCCACCCACCUCCGGAAGACGUUCUCGCUGCGGCCAGUUUCUUGCACAUGAACGACGUGGUCCGAGUCUGUAAGAAAAGACUGCAGGGUCGCGGACUGGCUGAGGCUGACAGCACCAGAGCAGAAGAGGGAGCGAGUGAAACCGGGGCAGAUGGAACAAUGUUUAGUGGAUCGUCUAGUGAAGGAAAGUCAAAUAGCCAAAAGGAAAUGAUGGAAGGCGGACAAGGAACCAUCAGGGUUUCAGCAUCAAAUCCAGCCUUGUCUCCCUCAAUAGCACAGUGUCCCCAGUCAAGCCAGCAUUCAGCAUCUCACACUGACGCUAAAGCAGAGACAAAUGCAGGAGUACCUAACUGUAUCACGCAUAGCAUCAAUCUGGGAAGUCCUGACAUGGCAGACACUACUCAACCAGGCAUGGACUCUCUUCCAGCAGUAAAUGACUCAGGUCCAGGCUUAUACAGUUCCUCUCCUGGACCUGCUAGGGCUGGCAUGUCAGCAGCUGCUAAUAUGGAGUCUACACUUUCAAGUCCUUGCAGCAGCACAGAACCAGUUCAUACGGGAACAGAAACUUUGCCCAGUGCAUCCACUGUUAUGGUUCUGGUUCCUGUGGAGCACAGACGAAAUAGAGACUAUAGUCCAGAAAUAAGCAAUGUGUUUACGGUUGCCACUAGUCAUCCUGGUCAAAGCAAAAAACCCAUGUCAUUUCAACGUAAUGGACAGAGUGGAACUGAUGACAUAAGACACACCACCAGAGUUUUAAAUGACCAGCCACAGCUACGUUCACGCUCCUGCUCUCCCACAGCCUUGUCUUCAGCAAGUAGAGAAGAUGGUAGUGAAGAGACAGCAAAAGUGAAGGUGGAGGCCAUUGUUAUCUCAGAUGAAGAGCUAGAAGACAUCGAAGAGAUGCCAGUUCGGCUCAGAGAGCGAAGGAGAGAGAGUGAUUUAGAAGAGAAGGAGAAUUACGAGAGCACUAAUGACAUCGAGAUCACCAAUACUCACUUCAUACCUAGCCACUCAUUAAUGCAUGUCCCACAUAACCACCAAGAGCCUCUCUCCUUCCCUUUUUCACCACAGGGUCCUAGUGCUUCCUCUUCUGACACGCCCAGCUUCCAAUCUACACUUUUCACAGCAGCCUCCCAGCACCCAGAGCAGCAGACUAUCUACUUUGAGGACUAUCAUGAUUCUCUUGGGAAUUAUGUAGAGGAUGUGCCUACAUGUGCCACUUGUGGGAAGACAUUUUCUUGUGCUUAUACACUGAGAAGGCACGCCAUAGUGCAUACACGUGAGCGUCCAUAUGAAUGCCGUUACUGCUACCGGAGUUACACACAGUCUGGGGACUUGUACAGGCACAUAAGAAAGGCACAUGAUCAAGAUUUGCCAAUGAAGCGCAGCAGAACAGAAUCUGAACCUCCUCCAUCGCCACCUCUUCCUCAUCCACCUCAAACAUAACAAGACACAUGCUCAGCCAUACUGCACAGAGUAUUUAAACUAUUGCUAAUGGCUAAAAAUCAUACACCUGUUUUGUUUUGUUUUUUUAUCUGUUUUUACAGGUUGUGUGGACCAAGUUUGCAAAGGACUGUUAUAGUUAGCUUUGUGUCAAAGUGAGCAUUCAACACUGAAUUUAACCUGCCACUGGAUAACAUUGUGUCCAAAAACGAAACGUCCCAUUCAGGACAUCCCUCAUUCUAGAUCAUAAUCCCAAUCACUGUUUAGCUGCUCAGUGUAGAUACAAACAAAAAAGGCUUUUUUUAAAUAAUCUUAUCAGAAAGUAUUGGACCAACAAGUUCAAUUUUAAUUUUUUUGUUAUACGCUGGAGACAUUUGGGUAUGAAUGAGAUGAUAGAACAGAUUUAAUUUCCUGAUAAUUACAUGAUCAUGUGUUAACUGAGAACAUGGCACCUUUUACUGGAACCCUAGCCAAGUUUUUCACGUGAGCAAGAAUAAUGGAAUAAUGUGACUGUUGCCCACUUGUGACUUAUUAGAUUGAUUAGUUUAUUUCAUUUAAUUUUUUUUUUUAAAAAACACUUCUGAAUGUUUAGUCUUGGUUUGAGUCCUGGGUUUUUCCCCUAGAAUGACUGCAUUUGUUGUUAAAAACAAUAAACCAUCAUGAAGACUAAAGGGUUAGGGAAAGAAAAUCACUUCAUUUUGAAGCUGAGAGAAGAAGGAAAAUACAGCAUCCUGAAGAAGAAAGAAACCACUGGUAUAACUAACCAGACACUGAACAGGACAGCCAAGGAAAACAGCAGCAGCUGAUGACAGAAACAUUGUAAGAGCUGUAAAGAAAAACCCCAAACAGCAGUCAGUGACAACCAACAAGCCACCAUUCAAAGUAGACUUUGAGAGCAGAAAUAAAGAGGCCACAUCACAUGCAAACCAGUCAUCAGCAGGUUGUAACAAUGGAUACUCUUAGUGAAAUAUGGGUAUGGUUCCACUUAAGGAAUCUUAAGGUUAUCGUUAUUUAUUGGCAGUUACAUUUUUAAUGUUCCAGAAAGUUCCAUUAUGUGCUGCUGCAACAUAAUCAUUUCACUCUAAAGGACCAAACCAGAUCCUCAUGGAAAAAAAUGCAUGCAAAAAAAAAAAAUACAGAGAUGAGCCAAGAAAAGGUCUGGAACUAAGAUCCAUUUCUACCAAAGUGACAGAAAGGCCAAAGUGAUGGAGAAAGAAAGGAUCUGCUCAUGAUCCAGAAUAAACAAGCUCCUCUGUGUAACAUGGUGGUGGUAGUGGCAUGGCUUGGGCUUGCAUGACUGCUUUUGGAACAGACUCACUAAUCUUUAUGAUGAUGUAACUCAUGAUGGAAGCAGCAGAAUGAAUUUAGAAGUUUAUAGAAAAGUGCUGCAUCAAAAUAUAUUGAGAGGAAUUUUAUCAUGCAGCAGGAGAAUGACCCAAAACACACUGACAACACAACAAAGUAUUUCAUAAGGGGGAAAGUCAAAGGUUUUAGACUGCCCUAGUCAGAUAUUAAGUGCCAUGUAUUUUAAACUGGAUGGUCUGCUGCUAAAGGUGCCUUGUUCUAAGUUGUUUAACACAGGAAAUGAAAGAUGAAAUUCUAAUGUGUGUAAACACAGAUACCUUAUCAUUUUAAACCCAAAUGUCUUCACUGUUGCUGGUCCAAUAUUUUUGGAAGGGGUUGUGAGGUUAAGACUUACACUGAGGAACGUGAUAACUAAUUUGGCUAGCAUCUUCCCUGUAUUGCAGUAAUGUAUUGUUCUUUCCUUUAUAUUUAAAACCAAAUUCCCUUCACUGAAAACACUAUUUGGGGUGAGCAGCAUACCUCAGUCUUUUAUGUGAAUUGGAUAAAGCUUUUAUCUUGGCUUUUUUUUUUUUUUUUUAAAUUAGGCACCAAAUCCAUCUACCCAGACAGCCUGCUCUCACACCGGAGUAGAUAUACCUGUUUAAAAUAUCUUCUGUUAAUACUAUACUUGUUGAAUAUCACUGUACAUCAUUCAUUAUUCAUUUUGUCAUUUUAAACAAUGACUUCCUCAUGCUAAGUGUAGCGGUAGAUCCGGAGCCUAUCUUGGGAAUGGUGGAAAAGACGUGGGAACAUACCCUGGAUAGGACACCAGGCCUUCAGUGAGCUGAUCGUUUAUCAAAUCAGUAGUGGGCUUGUGCCAGGUCUGCAUGUAAUUAGGCCUGUCUGAUGAAAAGCGUCUCAUCCACCCCCUCAAUGCUUUGUGUAUGUGUAUAACAAAUGAGCCAUUAAUGCUAAAAGGUACAGUAGUGCACUGAAAUUCUUACAUUUACCUUCUAGGUUUCCUUAUCUUUAUUAUGAAAGCACGGUCAAACAUUUGAAUGAAUAAUGACUUAUAAACAAAGUUGCAGGGCUCUUAAGAAGCUACACGCAAGCUCAUAGUGUACACAUUUCAUCUAACAAAUAGUACCUGAAAUGUAUAGAUAUUUGAUAAACGUUAUUAAUCAGUGUGAAAACAGGUCAUGUAUUUAUUUCAAAAUGCAAAAAGAUGGUUUGACUCUAAAUCUGAUACAUACUUCACCACCUCCACCACCCAGUAACAGUGAAAUUCAUACCGCAUUCAUUAUAUUUCCAUUUGCUAUUAUAUGUUCACAGUCAUACAUUUGAUCUUAAAUCUUACCUUCAUUUUUUUCAGAAUCAUUCAUGUGAAAUAAUACAUCAGCAAAGUAUCUCAGCCCCCAAUAUUUUGUUUCCGGCGUUGUGCAGACACUGCUCCAUAACUGCACUCGAACCAUCUGAUUCUAAACGGUUUCAGGUUCUCUCCAUGUUAAUCAUUCACAUUCAGUGUAUUAAAAAAAAAAAAACCACCAACAGCAUGUCUCACAUUUACCUCUUUUGAUCAAAUUAAUAAUGUUUAAUGUUUCAUGCAGUAGUCUAUUCUGAAAUGUGGUGUAGUUUUGUAGUUAUUCCGGUCCAAAACCGGGUCCUCAUUUUAAAUUUUGUCGAAUUCACUACAUUCACACAAAAAUGAAUUAAUCUACUCCAUGAUGUAAAAGUUGUUUGAUCUCAGUAUGUAAAACAGCUCAAUAUUGUGAAUAAACCUUUUAAUAAUU